AUGUCCGAUAAAGCUCAGUUUGUUUUGCCCAACACGCAACCGAUCGUAGAAUUGGAAUGUGCCACGGCUUUCAAUAAUUUGACCGAGACGGAAAAGCAGUAUGCUCAUUUCUUCAGCAAGGCGUCUUGGACUGGAGGAUUAAUCGCUCUGGUGCAGUCAAGCCCAGAAUCUCCAAUCAUUUUCUCUUUGCUUCAUCGAGUAUUUCUAGCUGAGACAGUAGAGGAUUUGAAGAAAUCUGCAAUUGGAGCUGGCGUAUCGGAAGAUGAAUUUACCGCCUUUCUUGUGUAUACCUGUGGAUUUCUGGCUAACGCUGGCAACUACAAGGGUAUGGGCGAUAGCAAGAUCGUUCCCAACUUGGAUGUGGAUAAAUUCGAAGCAAUCGUCAAGUGCUCUGCCGCCUACAAAGCGAAUGCUAACGUCAUCGAUUCAUUAUGGGAAUCUACCAAGGUGCCCAUCUUCCUCCUGGCGGAUCGUAUGAAGACACUUGGUCUGUGUGAUGCAGGUGUAACAACCUACUUCUCAAGCAACGUUACGCACGAUGACACGGAGCUGAUAAGCGAAUGGAUGAAGGAGCACAAGUUUGAGGCGUACAUUUGCCGUACUUUCAAAACGGUCGAGAAUGGCAAAACGGUGUACGAUAUAAAGCUUGCGUCCAGCGAAGAAGGUGACAAGAAGGGGCUAACACGUGAACCCGAAGAGUACAAAGGAUGCGUUUUCAAGAUAACGCGGGGCGAUUACAAGGAGCUGAUGCAGAUGGUGGCCGACUCGCUAGAGGAAGCCAUGAAGCACUGUGCCAAUGAAAACCAGCAGCGUAUGAUCGAAUCGUAUGUCGAAAGCUUCCGUGAAGGUAGUUUGGACGCGCACAAGACCGGUUCGCGGUACUGGAUCAAGGACAAGGGACCGGUAAUCGAAACGUACAUUGGAUUCAUUGAAACGUACAGGGAUCCAGUUGGGCAGCGAGGAGAAUUUGAAGGAUUCGUUGCCAUGGUAAACAAGGAGAUGUCUGCAAAAUUCGGCACGUUGGUGUCAAAUGCUGAAAAUUUCAUCCAGUUAUUGCCUUGGGGGAAGGAAUACGAAAAAGAUUCCUACCUAAAACCAGACUUCACUUCACUAGACAUAUUGACGUUUGCCGGAUCAGGUGUACCGUGUGGUAUUAACAUUCCCAACUAUGAUGAAAUCCGCCAAGACGAAGGUUUUAAAAACGUAUCCCUUGGAAACGUGCUUGCCAACACGAACAAGACUGACUCAAUUACUUUCCUCUCGGAGGAGGAUCAGUCGUUGAUGAAGAAGUACAAGGCGGCUGCGUUUGAGGUGCAAGUGGGUCUACACGAAUUGCUGGGCCAUGGUAGCGGCAAACUGUUGCGCAUCGAUGAAGCAGGCGAGUAUAACUUUGAUACGACGAAGCUGAAGAAUCCGCUCACUGGGGAACCGGUCGGUUGUUGGUACGAACCGGGUGAAACUUAUGAUUCGAAAUUUAAAUCGCUUGGUUCUUCGUACGAGGAAUGCCGUGCGGAGGCGGUUGGGUUGUAUCUUAGCUUGAACCGAGACGUGCUGAAGAUAUUUGGGCACACUGAUGAACAGGAAGUCGACAACAUCAUCUACGUCAAUUGGUUGCUGCUUGUCUGGGGGGGAGUCGGUGUAGCGAUGGAGCUGUACAAUCCGGCGCAGAAAACCUGGCUGCAGGCACAUUAUCAGGCACGAUUUGUAAUCAUGAAGGUGCUGCUGGAGGCAGGCGAAGGUCUGGUUAAUGUACAGGAAACUGAAGAGGGCAAAAAUCUGCUGCUGAAGUUCGAUCGCAGCAAGAUCGAAACGGUAGGAAAGGAAGCGAUAAGGAAGUUUUUGUUGAAGCUACAAUUCUACAAAUCCACUGGCAAUGUAACGGCAGCAACUGAAAUGUACAACCAUUACUCGGAAGUGUCCGUAGGUGGAGAACAUCCGUGGGCCAAGUGGCGAGAUAUUGUGCUACUGCACAAAAAACCGAGAAUGAUCUUUCUUCAGUCGAACACCAGUAUCGAUGCGGAUACGGGCAAGGUGAUGCUAAAAACGUACGAAGCCAACUUUGCCGGUUACAUUCAAUCGUGGGUUGAGCGCUUUCCGGAAGCGAAAAUCGAUGAAGUGCUAGAACGCAUCCAUGCAGCGGAUAAACGUUAUUUCGAAGGAUUGUAUUAA